AAAUCCCCCCAAACAACCCAAAACCCAAAACCCACCCCCCACCCCCCCCAAACCCACCACCCCCAACACCCCCCAAACCCAGAACCCCCACAUCCAGACACCACCAAACCCAGAAAAACCCCCAAACCCAGUAACCCCCAAAAACCCAAUAACCCCCCCAAAACCCGGAACCCCAAAACCCCACAAAAAACCCCAAACAAAAACCCCCCCAAGAAAACCAAACAACCAAAAGCCCCAAAAAAAGCCCCAACACAAAAACCCCCAACACCCCCCAAAACCCAGACCCCCAAACCCGACACCCACCCCCAAAACACCCCCCAAAUCCCCAAGAAAAAACAAAACUAAAAAAAUUAUUUAAAAAAAAUACAACAAAAAAAA